UAUAUACACACAUACACUCCCACCCUUAUAUCGGCAAUAUUUCGAUCCUGCUGUCGCUUAUCUAUUUAUUUUUGCUGGAAACCUUGAAAAGCUCUCUAAUGUACACAUCCGGGAAAAGUCCUAUGAAGAUGAUGCUGGUGGGGAUUUUAUGGUUGGCUCAUUCCAAGAUUUUGGAUAUGGUACAGUUGAUCAGGAGAAUGAAGCUACAGCUUCAAGUUCAGAUGAAAAACCACGGAUUCUGUUGAUGGGCCUUCGAAGAAGUGGCAAGUCCUCCAUACAAAAAGUUGUGUUUCAUAAAGUAUCCCCAAAUGAAACCCUGUUCCUUGAAAGCACUAACAAAAUAGUCAAAGAUGAUAUUUCUAACAGUUCAUUUGUCCAAUUCCAAGUAUGGGAUUUGCCUGGUCACAUAGAUUUCUUUGAUACUCUAUUUGAUGUCGACAAAAUAUUUCGUGGUUGUGGUGCCUUGAUUUUUGUCAUUGAUGCACAAGAUGAAUAUGUGGAGGCGCUAGACAAACUAAAUAUGACAGUGACCCGAGCACAUAAAAUUAACCCUGAAAUCAAGUUUGAGGUAUUCAUUCAUAAAGUGGAUAGCUUGUCUGAUGAUCAAAAGAUAGAAUCUCAGCGAGAUAUUCACCAGAGGGCUAAUGAUGAUCUUGUUGAUGCUGGAUUUGAAGGGAUCUACCUGAGUUUCUAUCUGACCAGUAUCUAUGACCACUCUAUAUUUGAAGCAUUCAGCAAAGUGGUCCAGAAACUGAUACCUCAGCUACCUACAUUGGAAAACCUUCUGAACAUGCUCAUCUCUAAUUCUGGUAUUGAAAAAGCCUUCUUGUUUGAUGUUGUCAGCAAAAUUUACAUUGCCACCGACAGCUCACCUGUUGACAUGCAGUCCUAUGAAUUGUGUUGUGAUAUGAUAGAUGUGGUCUUAGAUAUCUCCUGUAUCUAUGGGUUACAGGAUGAUAAUGAACUGAAUGCAUUUGAUGAUGAGUCUGCAUCAAUCAUCAAACUAAACAACACAACAGUCUUAUACCUUCGGGAAGUCAAUAGAUAUUUGGCUCUUGUUUGCAUUUUACGUGAGGAUAACUUCAUUAAACAAGGUAUAAUUAACUACAACUUUCUCUGCUUCCGCAAAGCUAUCCAAGAAGUGUUUGAAGUGCGGCAAAAGAUGUUGGCCUCCAAGACUGAGAAUGGUACUGACCAUCAGGUGCUCAAUGGUAUUGCUGUUAACAAAGAUGAAUGAAUUGAAGUGAUGUUUCCUGCCUGUGAUCUUUCUACAGAUUGAUUGGUGUUCUGUGCUGAGACUGCCUUCCUCAUCUUAUGAUAAAUUUUCCAUCUUUUGCUUUCUGCAACUGUUUUUCUCUUUUACUCUCUUUCUUCCCUUCUCUCUCUCAUUAGAAUUAAUUUAGUAAUUAAUUACUAUACUUUGUUUUGUUAUUCUUUAAUCUUGUAGCUUAUACACUCAACAUUCUAAUAUGUAUGUGCAGUAUGCAAAGCUGAAAUAUUGUUUGUGUAUGUAUAUGAUUGGCUCUGCCAUUUGUUGCCUGUGUGUGUGUCUGUGUGCCUUUUUAGUCUUUUUAUUUAGAUGUGCAUACAUUUAUGGGUACUGUGUGAAUGUGUGUAUAUGUGUAUAUAAAUUCUUGGCAUAGGUAUCAUACUCGCUUUUCUCACUUCUUCCUCUCUCCUUCCCUCCCCCCUCUCUCACACACACAAUGUUCAAUGCAUGUCCCUUGUCUAUUCACCCUCUGUCUGCAUGUGUUCUUGGUUCCUUGAUAGAAACAACACAUCAUCACAACUUAUUAAUGCUCAACCUCUUGUUGUGGUUGCCCUAACAGAAGUUCAGUGUUGUAAUUUUGAGCUGAGAUACCAGAAUGGCUUCAGCUCAAUUUAACAUAAGAUUUGAAACUUCUGAGGAGAACUUGGCCAUGGGAACAGUGCCUUGGGUAAGUUUGGUAGUGUAACUUGCUUUCCAUUUGGAAUAUGGUUCCAUCUUGAAAAUACUGCUCCAUUAGAACCCUCAACCUCCUGUCAGUUUCUCCUUCAAAUAUCUUUUACUGUCUUCCCCUGUUCAAA